ACGCGAACCGUAUAAAUAGGGGUGGAGCUGCGUCACCUAGGCAGAUAACAGUUGCAGGAAGACGAGCGUGGUGGGUGAGCGAGCAAGUCCCAGGGCCGGAGACUUCAACAUGCAGAUCUUUGUGAAGACCCUGACUGGCAAGACCAUCACCCUGGAGGUUGAGCCCAGUGACACCAUUGAGAAUGUCAAGGCCAAGAUCCAGGACAAGGAAGGCAUUCCCCCCGACCAGCAGAGGCUGAUCUUUGCUGGCAAGCAGCUGGAAGAUGGGCGCACCCUGUCUGACUACAACAUCCAGAAGGAGUCCACCCUGCACCUUGUGCUGCGCCUGAGGGGUGGCAUGCAGAUCUUUGUGAAGACCCUGACUGGCAAGACCAUCACCCUGGAGGUUGAGCCCAGUGACACCAUUGAGAAUGUCAAGGCCAAGAUCCAGGACAAGGAAGGCAUUCCCCCCGACCAGCAGAGGCUGAUCUUUGCUGGCAAGCAGCUGGAAGAUGGGCGCACCCUGUCUGACUACAACAUCCAGAAGGAGUCCACCCUGCACCUUGUGCUGCGCCUGAGGGGUGGCAUGCAGAUCUUUGUGAAGACCCUGACUGGCAAGACCAUCACCCUGGAGGUUGAGCCCAGUGACACCAUUGAGAAUGUCAAGGCCAAGAUCCAGGACAAGGAAGGCAUUCCCCCCGACCAGCAGAGGCUGAUCUUUGCUGGCAAGCAGCUGGAAGAUGGGCGCACCCUGUCUGACUACAACAUCCAGAAGGAGUCCACCCUGCACCUUGUGCUGCGCCUGAGGGGUGGCAUGCAGAUCUUUGUGAAGACCCUGACUGGCAAGACCAUCACCCUGGAGGUUGAGCCCAGUGACACCAUUGAGAAUGUCAAGGCCAAGAUCCAGGACAAGGAAGGCAUUCCCCCCGACCAGCAGAGGCUGAUCUUUGCUGGCAAGCAGCUGGAAGAUGGGCGCACCCUGUCUGACUACAACAUCCAGAAGGAGUCCACCCUGCACCUUGUGCUGCGCCUGAGGGGUGGCUGUUAGUUAUUGUGUAUCUUGCUUGGCAAGAUUGCCAAUAGCAUUUGUUUUUUGCACUGUAGUCCUUUAAUGUCUUAAGUUAAAUGCAAAGUUAAUGCAAGCUUAAGUAACUGCUGAACUGUCUGUUUAAAUGCUAAUAAAGUUUUCUGUUGCACAUUAAUUUGUAGUCUGUCUCAGUUCAAGCUAGUAAAGCUGGUAUACUUCAA